GUGUGUGUGUGUGUUGUACGUCAGUGUUCAACAGUAGCAGACAGUAAUAUGAUGUGUAUACUGGAUAAUAUUAACGCGCUCGUGUCGUGGUGAAUGAACACUUCAUUCAGAUGAAUGGAUGAACUGCGAUAAGCAUUAGAUGCGGUAUAUUCUUCAUUCAUUCACGACUCGUCUCAUUCUAACGCACUAUUCACGAUAUGCACGAGCUAAGCUGGCUAACAGGCUAGCAACAAACGUAUUGCAUUCGCCAGAUGUCAUUUUAACGGCAUGUGAUGUUUUAUUAUUACCCGUUCUGCACAUUUUAAUGUCUUUUACUCACCUGGCAUUGUGACCUUGCGCUUCACGUCACGUCACGUUUUUUGCAUCAGUCUGCCCGCGCGUGAUCAUGUGUCACUGCCAUCCAUUACAAACUUCGGUGUUUGCAUGACAGCUGUGAGUGUCCGCUUGUUUAUCAUCAAAUAAUGUGUAAUCAAAAAUAUUAAAUGAGAUUGUCUUAGGUUGGACAUCACUUUUGUCUGUAGGCAUCAGAACACAAGAUCAUGAUGAGAUUGACAGCGGUUUUAUCCUCUGUGAUGAUGAUCUGCAUGCUCCUGAUGGAUUCUGAAGUGGACAGCACUGCAGAAUUUGAUCCAUAUAAGGUUCUAGGGGUAACAAGAAGUGCAAGCCAAGCAGAAAUCAAGAAAGUUUAUAAACGCCUGGCCAAAGAAUGGCAUCCAGACAAAAAUAAAAACCCAGACGCAGAAGAUACGUUUAUUAAGAUAACAAAAUCUUAUGAGAUCCUGUCGAAUGAGGAGAAAAGAGCCAGUUACGAUCGCUACGGAUCAACGAAUAACGCUUAUUCUUACGGUCACCGCCACUUUCACAACAACUUUUAUGAUGAAUCUUAUUUCCACUUCAACAACAACGGUGGCCGGGACCCUACUGACAGCAAGUACACGAUAAACUUCAAUCAGUAUGUCAGUGAAGUGGUGCCUGAGAGCUUCAAGAGGCCUUACUUGAUCAAGAUCACUUCAGACUGGUGCUUGAGCUGCAUCCAUAUCGAACCAGUCUGGAAAGAAACUGUGCAGGAACUGGAAUCUCUCGGGAUUGGGAUUGGUGUGGUUGAUAUUGGUUACGAGCGCCAUCUAGCCAACCACUUGGGUGCCCAUCAGACUCCAUCCGUUCUUGGUGUCAUCAAUGGGAAAGUGACUUUCUUCCACUAUGCUGUUAUGAAGACGCACCUGAUGCAAUUUGUAGAAGAUUUGCUGCCCCAAAGGCUGGUGGAGAAGGUCACAGACAAGAACAACCAAGAGUUUCUGAACAGUUGGCAUGAGCUGAAUAAGCCACAUGUUCUUCUGUUUGACCAAGUGCCUUCAGUUCCACUUCUUUUUAAGAUCACAGCGUUUGCCUAUAAGGAUUACUUUCAGUUUGGAUAUGUGGAUCAGGGACUGUCUGAAACUGCUGAACUGCUGAGAAGAUUCAACAUUAACACAUAUGCUCCGACUAUGCUCGUCUUCAAAGAGGAUGUGGAGAAGCCUGCAGAUAUUAUACAGGUAGACAUGAUGAAGAAACAGAUCAUAGAUGACUUCAUCUCCAACAACAAGUUCCUUCUAGCCCCUCGACUGGUCAACCAGAAGCUAUUUGAUGAGCUUUGUCCCAUCAAACAGUUCCAUCGACGACGGAAGUAUUGUGUAAUACUUUUCACCGAAGAGAACUUUGCCACGGGAAAUGAAGCUUUUCUCUCUCUAGCGUCUGUCAACGCCAAUGACGUGCUGCGCUUCACUUAUGUCUACCAGAGACAUCAACAGCCACUAUGUGACGUUCUCUUGAAAAACAAAGACAGCGCACCAAAGGUGUUUAUUCUGGAGCGGCGUAACAGUGCUGGUAAAGUUCUUUAUAAGCCGCUUGUGGGAGGAUGGAACGGCAAUGAAGACGACAAACACAAGCUUUUGGAGGAACUAGACAGACUGCAGAAAGAUCCUUCUAUACUCAACUAUGAUGCCAUUCUUCCAGAGCUCAACAACGAAUUCGCCUCUAUGUUCAUAAUCAAAUGGAUUUACGCUGCAUGCGACUACUUGACGGACAUGAUUGACGAUCUUCUUCACAAUAAUUGGCGUGAUAUGAUUCCACUUCUUUCUUUGAUCUUCUCCGCACUCUUCAUUUUAUUUGGCACUGUGGUCAUUCAGGCAUUCAAUGAUUCAAGUGAAGAAAAACACCCUAAAUCAAAAGCUAAAGAUGCAUCUAAAACUGAAAACGGUUCACCAAACACCUCAAGUCGCCCACCGAAGAAGAGCUUUGUGGAAGUGACGGAGUUAACAGAUAUCACAUACACCAGUAACUUGGUGAAGCUGAGGCCGGGUCAUAUGAACGUGGUUCUGGUUCUUACCGAUGCCACGAGGAACAUCCUACUUAGCAAGUUUGCCAAGGAAGUUUAUUCAUUCACUGGGAGCUUGACUCUACACUUUUCCUUCUUGAAUGUGGAUAAACACAGUGAGUGGAUAGUGGCCGUGCUGGAGUACGCUCAGGAUGCCAUGCAAAUCGACACAGAUGAGGACGAUUUGAGCAGCCGCAAAAUAGACUACACAGGUUAUGUUCUGGCCCUCAAUGGCCACAAGAAGUACCUGUGUCUUUUCAAGCCAGUGUACACGGGCGAGGACGUGGACAGCAAGCCCGAAGAGGAGGGAGGAGGUUCAAGGUCUAGAAAGGGCAUGACAAGUUCUCGCUCCACAACUCUACAGAUCCAUCACAAACUGGAUCGACUCGGGCUGUGGAUGGAGCGACUGAUGGAGGGGACGCUGCCACGGUACUACGUCCCAGCAUGGCCCGGUCUGGACAAGAUUACUGUGAAUAAAUAAAGAAAACAGGUACAGUAUGCUUUUGUUACAGCUUACAACUUUUCUGGUUUUAAAGUGAAAGGUCUUGGUGAAACCGGGCUUAAUGCUGCUCCAAGCGCAACUGUAACCAAGGCAGUUAUAAGGUAAAUAAACACUUGUGGCAGUGCUGCUAAUGUCAUCAUAUGGAGAACUGUCUUUCUGAAUUGAUGUACUACUUGAAUCGACAAUUGACACUGUUUUUCACUUCAUGAAAAUAUUUUGCCAAUGUAGCUGCUUCUAUGGAGGCCUUUAGGUCUUCAAUAGUUAUCUCAAAGGCUGUUGUUUUGAAGGCUGGCGUGUCUUUGAAUUUUCCAUUUUACGCUUUAAAAAUGCUUCCGUUCUAUGAACAUUGCAACAUGCUCAGAAUACUGUAGCAUACAAAAUGUAGCAUAACUUUGCUACGUUUGCUCAUGACAAUACUGUGAAUUUUAAGUUUUACAAAGUUUAAAUGCCAAAUGCCAUUCUGAUUUAACCCCCAUUUUAAAAGUGCAAUAACUUAAAUGUCUGACUUUUAAUGUUUUCUGAAAAGAAAACGUUAGAAUUUUUAAGUUUCAAUCAGUUCUUUGAUUUUGUUGUUGUUGUUGUUUUAUGCCACUUGUUGUUGAUACCUGUGAUAGAAACUAUAUAUCACAAACGAUAUAUCACAGAAAAUAUGUUGUUAGAAUAAAAUUUUAUCCUCCA